AUGGGAGCUUUGAAAAAGUGCAUCCCCACCAAAGAAGGGUGGCAGAGAUGCUUCACCUACGCCCAUCUGCUCUUUUCCCUGGACUACACCAAAUUGGACGUCUUUCUGAUCGUGUGCGGCACUUUCUUUGGUAUCGCCGCUGGUGUGCCUUUCCCCUUACUUGGUAUCGUCUUCGGUGACCUGAUCAACGACCUUAACUCGACGACUUGCGAUUCCGCAAGCUCUGGCGGCGGCGGCGAUCUCUCGUCGAGUGUGCGCACCAAGGUCUUGUAUGUCAUCUACAUCACCAUCGCCAACUUUUGCUUCAUCUACAUCCAUACCAGUUGUUGGUGUCUGGUCAGUGAACGUCUGGCCCGUCGCUACCGUCGCCGCUAUUUUGAGGCUAUGAUCAAGCAGGAGGCCAGCUUCAUUGAAUCGCUUCCCGCCGGUGAUGUCUAUUCGCGCAUGGUUACCGACAUCGAGGUUGUGCAGUCGGGUACCUCUGAGAAGGUCGGCUUGGUCAUUUCCACCAUCUCGUACUUUGUCGUUUCCUACAUCGUGGCUUUCAUCAAGGUCCCCAAGAUUGCCGGAAUGUUGGUCUCAGUCGUGCCGUGUUUCUUCGUCAUGUCCCUGGUUGGAGGUCACUACAUCAAGAAGUUUGCCGGACAGAUGGGUGAAAAGAUCACGGCGGCCACCUCCAUUGCCUCGUCCAGUUUGUCGCACUUGAUGCUGGUCCAGGCCUUCAACGCCAAUGACCGCUUGGAGAAGCGGUUCGCCCAAUACCUGACCGAGUCCCGUGUCUCCUCCGUGAAGAAGGCCACCUCUCACGCUUGCCAGCUGGGUUUCCUCUACUUCGUCGCCUACUCCGCCAACGCUUUGGCUUUCUGGGAGGGUGCGCAGAUGAUUUCCAAGUCGGUCGCCGGUGAAAAUGGCGGUGUCUCUGUGGGUUCCGUCUACACAGUCAUCUUCGUUCUCAUCGAUGCUUCUUUCAUUCUCAGUCAAGUCGCUCCCUUUAUUCACGUUUUCUCCGCUGCUGCGGGUGCGUCCGACAGACUGUUGGCAAUCAUCAACCGUCCCUCCGUCAUUGACGGAACCUCCGACGAGGGUGACAAGUCUGCUCCCUUUGGAGAGGCGGAUAUCCGAUUCGACGACGUCAAAUUCACCUACCCCUCCCGUCCGGAUGUGCCCGUGUUGCAGGGUGUCAACUUCACUAUCCCCCCUAAGCAGCACACUGCAAUUGUUGGCCCCUCUGGUGGUGGCAAGUCUACCGUGGUCGCUCUUUUGGAGCGCUUCUACAACCCGAAGUCGGGUGACAUCUGGAUUGGAAACCAGAGGUUUAGCGAUUUGAACGUCAAGUAUCUGCGUGGCAAUAUCGGUUUCGUGCAGCAGGAGCCCUCGCUGCUCGACCGAUCUAUCUUGGAGAACAUCGCCUAUGGUCUCGUCUCUUCUUCGGCUGAAAAGCACCAGCAUCUCGCUCCUUUCAUCCUGGAUGGUACCCUCCCCGAAGUUGCGGAGAAGAUACGUUCCGGCGUCUCUGAAUCGGAAGCUUUGGCUGGAUAUGACCCUGCUGUUGCUGAGAUUGUCGAACGGGUAAAACAGGCGGCCGCAUCCUCCAACGCUCUCAACUUCAUUGAAGCCCUGCCUUACAGUUUUGCCACAAGUGUUGGUACGGCAGGAAACCAGAUGAGUGGUGGCCAAAAGCAACGUAUCGCCCUCGCCCGUGCUCUGGUCCGAGAACCCUGCCUGUUGAUUCUUGAUGAAGCUACUGCCGCCCUCGACUCUACUAGCGAACAGCUGAUCCAGGCUGCGCUGAAGAAGGUCUCUGAAAGCGUUACAACUGUUUCUAUUGCACACCGUCUGGCGACUGCCAAGGAAGCCCAUAAGAUUGUUCUUGUCCGACAGGGCCGUGUCGCUGAGGAAGGAUCUCACGCCGAACUGAUCGCCGCAGGCGGUGGUUAUGCCGAGAUGGUGCGACUCCAGAACCUGGGCAAGCUGGGUCCCGAGCACAUGGCUGCGGCCGAGGACUCGAUCCGCAACGCUGCUCCGGAAAGAGACCCAGCUGUUGAGGCUGAAAAAGAAGCUCUGAUCACUGGCUCUGACGUCACAGAAGAUUCUGUUGUCGAGGCUGUCAAGCCAUCGGAAAAGAAGGACGGCGACGACAAGGACAAGAAAAAGAAGAAGAAGUACAGACGCUCAGGAUGGUUCACCACCAAGUAUACAUUUUCCUUGAUCCGACCCAACAUCAUGUUCAUCCUGGCGGGUCUUCUCAUGUCUGUGAUUAUUGGUGGCAGUUACUCUGCCGAAGCUGUGGUCUUUGGUCAUACAGUGGGUAACCUGAGUCCUUGCAAGGGGGCUGACAGUAUCGCCCACAGCGGUAACCUUUAUGGAUUGCUGUUCUUUAUUCUUGCCCUGGUGGAGUUCUUCGCCAACGUAUUCAGUGGCUGUGCCUAUGGUUGGGCCGCCGACAAGGUCCUGUACCGUAUCCGAGUCCUGUCCCUGCGAUCUCUCCUGGGACAAACCAUGGAAUGGCACAGCAUGGAAGACCGCACCCCGGGAACGCUGAUCACCUACAUCACCGGUGAUGCAUCCGCUCUGGGUGGUAUUACGGGUACCACUAUUGGUCUUUUGUUGGCCACGGCCGUUAACCUGGUGGCCGGUCUGGUCAUUUCCUUCGCCAUUGCUUGGAAGAUUACUAUUGUUCUUUUGCCAACUAUUCCCGUCCUGCUGGUUGCGGGUAUGAUGAAGCUACGUGUGCAGGCCAAGUUUGCAGAGCGCCACCAGAAGGCGUUUGCUAAAGCUACGGCCAUAACCGUCGAGGCGGUAGACAAUAUCCGGGCUGUUGCUGCGUUCUCGCUGGAGAAGCAAUCGUAUGAAGUAUAUGGCCGGUCGCUGCAGAAGCCGUACAAGGAAACCAUGAAGUCGAUUGCCUCUGGUAAUGCGUGGUUGGCCUUGGCGUUCAGUAUCAGUAACUUUGUCUACGCUCUGGCUUACUGGUGGGGAUCCCGGCAGAUCGCCUCGGGUCUGUACUCGCAGACACAGUUCUUCAUUGUCCUGCCCGCGCUCCUGUUCAGUACCCAGUCGUGUGGACAGAUGUUCGCUCUCGCUCCGGAUAUUUCCAAGGCUCGUGUGGCCUCGUCCAACAUUGUGGAUCUUCUCACCACCCGGUCUGCCGAGGAAGAACUGGCCCCUGGCUCCUCGCAGAGCUUCAAGCCCUCCAGCAGUCUCCUUGAGGAGAAGACUCCAGACGUUGAGGCCAGCGCAGAGAAGCAGUCGUUCACUCCCGGUGUGCUGCCAGAGAACGGUAUUGGUGCCCAGCUCCGCGAGGUCCACUUCACCUAUCCGUCACGACCGGAGGCCCCCAUUCUCAAGGGCCUCACCCUGGAUAUCAAACCGGGUCAGUUCUGUGCGCUGGUCGGUCCCAGUGGAUCUGGAAAAUCGACUACAUUCGCCAUGCUGGAGCGGUUUUACCGUCCAUCUUCAGGUGCGGUCGUCAUUGACGGUGUGGACGUGACGCGUCAAUUGGGCACCGAGUUCCGCGACGAUAUCGCCCUAGUGCCCCAGGAGAACGUCAUGUUCGAAGGAUCUGUGGCCUUUAACAUUGGUCUGGGCGCCCGACCCGGCCAUGAGCCCAGCCUGGCCGAGAUCGAGGAGGCCUGCAAGAUGGCCAACAUCCACGAUGUGAUUAUGGCACUGCCGGAGGGAUACGAGACAAUCUGCAGUCACGACGGAAAGCAAUUCUCCGGUGGACAGCGACAGCGAUUGUCGAUUGCUCGGGCAUUGGUGCGGAAGCCGAGAAUGUUGCUGCUGGAUGAGUCGACGAGUGCGCUGGACGUCGAGUCGGAGAAGCGCAUCCAGGAAGCGCUGGCGACGCUGGCAGGACGGACGACGAUCGUGGCGAUUGCCCACCGAUUGAACACCAUUCACCGGGCGGAUCAGAUCUAUCUGAUCGAGAACGGACGGUGUGCGGAACAAGGCACGCACGACGAGUUGAUCCAGAGAAGUGAGAUGUACCGGACGAGUGUGAUUCACCAGUCUCUUGAGACUUAG